CUAUGACAUACAUAUGUUAUCAUUCACAAGUGUUUCAUUUAAUUAAAAAAAGUCGGAUAAUUCAAAUGUUAAAAUGGGCUCUUUUAGUAGAUGUAUCAUUUUUGUUAUUGUAACUUCGGUGACUUUGUUUAGUAGUUGUGCUGCCACAGGAGCCGAGCGCCCAAAAAGAAUUCUUCUAGACGAUAACUACUACACCAUCAUUAAUGAACUUCACAAUUUGUCUAAAGCAGUUGAGACACUGACGUCCGAGAACGCUAGGCUAAGUCAACAAGUUCAGGAUAUAAAAGCUGUAAAAGGGGUUGCGUUCAAAGCAUCAUUGACAACCUCAAUUACUAACGGGCAGAAACAAGUGGUAAUCUUCAAUCAAGUAGAGCUAAACAUCGGCAAUGCUUACAAUGUUCUUCACGGUAACUUUCUCGCCCCAAUCAAUGGCACAUACCUAUUUUCAAUAUACGCUUGCAGUCAAAAUGCCCAUGUUAUUGUCCUUGACUUAAUGUUGAAUGGUUCAUCAGUAAAUCACCUUCUGGCUGGCGACCAAGAUUAUCACGCAUGCAACUCCAACACAUUAAUCACGGAGCUAAAGAAGGGAGAUGACGUGUUUGUGUCAGUGGGAGAUGGAGAUUAUUUAAAGGCACACGGACCUUACGGAUAUCCAUAUUUUUCUGGUGUGUUAUUCAGUGCAAGUUAAUUGUUUCAAUAAAAAACUGAUGGUUUA